AUGGUUAACGAGCGUCACCUCAUUGGCGGCCUCGCCAUCCUUGUGGCAGCGUUAGCCACUGGUUCUCUUGCAGCGCCGCGAAAAAUUGAGAGAAUUCGCAAGCUGAAUCCCCCUUUGGAGGACCCAAUAUAUGUCUUCUACUUGUGCUGUGGAUACGCGGCGUUCGCUUUCCUAGCUUGUGGACUGCUGCCCUUCAACCAGGAGAUCAUGGACAACUAUACCAUGCGGACGACUUUUGUAUUUACAUGGUGGGGAGCUCUCUCAGGUGCUAUGAUUGUAGCGGCGGUCAACGCGGGUUUCGUGGCGAUUUCCCGCGUCGGGCUGGCCGUGCACGCCGCCAUUUCCAUGGGCGUGGCAGUCGUCACUUCCUUCAUGUGGGGGGUUCUCGUGAACAACGACCGCCUCGCGCUUCUCUGGGUGGAUAUUCUGGCAGUUGUAUUCCUCAGCUUGGGAAGCGCCAUUUCUGCUUUCCCUGAGGAGAUCGCCCGCGCGAUCGCCGCGUGCUUCCGCAAAGAUGUCGCACCAGUUUAUUCACGCUCGGCGACGCAGUCAAGCGUCGCUGAAGCCCAUCCCUUGGUUCUGGAUGGCGCGGAACCGAGCGAAAAUCACCAGAUCAGCCACGCAACGGGCAUCCUCCUUUGCAUCGUGUCUGGCAUGUGUGGCGGCCUCUCUCUCGGCCCCAUGUCCUUCGUGCCAACGGAGGACAAAGGCGUCGCGUUUCUACCGAGUUUCGCGACAGGUAUCAUGCUGGCAGCGCUAACAGCCAUUUCCAUCCGCCUUAUUUGCGGCAAACAACGCCCGGUGUGGCACUUUCGAGCUGCCUUCCGGUGGGGCGUUCUGUCGGGCUUCCUCUACCUGGUGGCAACUCUGGCAGUCAUCAUCGCCAUUCCAAGAGUGUCGUUCGCGGUUGCCUAUCCGUCGAAGCAAUCCGCCAUCAUCGUCAGCGGGCUUUGGGGGAUUCUGUUUUUCCGCGAGAUGCGAGGCUUCGCUAUCGCGGUCUUCGCUUUCGGGAGUUCGCUGGUCCUCUCCGGCGCGAUUCUUCUGUCGAACUUCACCUACCCGGAGCGCGUGGGAAUUCCCGCGAGUCACCAGCCCGCGCUGACGUAG